GGUUCCUUCCGAAGCCGUCCGCGGCUCAGGUCGUUAAGCCACGAGAGACGAAAACACAAGAACGACGAACGUAGAGGCAGCUCACAAUCUCUCGACUACGACAGCUCACGCACCGCGUCCAUAUACAGGGCCCAUUCCCUCAGCAAAAUGGCGACGCUCUCGCUGAAGAUAUCGCUGGAGGGCGGCAAAGUGGUGAAGACCAUACAGUUCGACCCCUCCACCACCGUCUACGACGCCUGCCGUAUCAUACGAGAGAAGAUUCUAGAAGCCAAUUCUAAUGACCCCAAAGAAUAUGGAUUGUUCCUGGCAUCAGAGGAAGACAACAAAAAGGGCAUCUGGCUGGAAGCGUCCAGGAGUCUGGACUACUACAUGUUGAGGAAUGGUGACAUCCUGGAGUACAACAAAAAGACAAGGAAUCUCCGAGUCAGAAUGUUAGAUGGCACUGUCAAAACCUUGCUCGUAGACGACAGCCAAAUUGUAGCCAACCUGAUGGUGGUCAUUUGCACAAAAAUCGGCAUUACAAAUUAUGAUGAAUAUGGUUUGGUACGUGAAGAGCAGAAAGAAGAUCCAGAUCCGUGCGAGAAACCCAACUACGGAACACUCACCCUCAAGAGGAGACACCAAGACAAAGAAAGAGACGUCAAAAUGGAGCAGCUACGUAAAAAACUCAGAACUGAUGAUGAAGUGAACUGGGUAGAGCCCUCGAAGACUCUUCGGGAGCAGGGCAUAGAGUGGUCGGAGACGCUGCUGCUGCGCCGCAAGCUGUUCUUCUCGGACCGCAACGUGGACUCGCGCGACCCCGUGCAACUCAACCUGCUGUAUGUGCAAGCGAGAGACGCUAUACUGGCGGGCACGCAUCCCAUCACGCAGGAUAAAGCUUGCGAGUUCGCUGGCAUUCAGUGCCAAAUACAGUUUGGAGAUCACAAAGAAGACAAGCACACACCAGGAUUUUUAGACCUGAAAGAAUUCCUCCCGGCCUCGUACAUGAAGGUGAAAGGGAUCGAGAAGAAGGUUUUCAAGGAGCACAAGAAACACGCGGGGCUCAGCGAGCUGGACGCCAAAGUACUGUACACCAAGAGCGCGCGCGACCUCAAGACAUACGGCGUCGCGUUCUUCCUUGUCAAGGAGAAAAUGAAAGGCAAAAACAAGCUGGUGCCCCGUUUGUUGGGCGUGACCAAGGACUCUGUUCUGCGUCUAGAUGAGAAGACCAAGGAGAUAUUGCAGACCUGGCCCCUGACUACCGUGAGGCGGUGGUGCGCCAGUCCCAAUACCUUCACACUUGAUUUUGGCGAUUACAGCGACCAAUACUACUCGGUACAAACGACCGAAGCGGAACAGAUCCUGCAGGUGAUCGCGGGGUACAUCGACAUCAUUGUGCGUAAGCGCCGCGCGCGCGACCAUCUCGGUCUGGACGGGGAUGAGGCGUCCGCCAUGCUGGAGGACUCCGUGUCGCCUUCCAAGGCAAACAUCAUCCAACACGACACAUUCAAGUCGGGUAAAGUGAAUACUGAGUCGGUGGCGAAGCCGGCCGUGCUGCGACCAGGCGCUGAGGGUGCGAAAUCGUUCGCGGUGGGGCACAUGACGAGCGCGCAACAGACCACGGUCUCCGGUCAGGUCAUAACCGGACACACGCCGCCCGCUGCGUCUCAAGUGCAACAAACGCGGGUGACGACCAUACUGACAGAACCGCAGAGGGCUCUGCUGUCCACUAUUACCACUGGACGGGAGAUCAUCAAGCAGACUGAGGAAAGUCUUGUUAGGGCGGCGCUGCCCGACCUCGGCCAAGACGCUGGCUCCAUCAAGUGGAAGCAGAGCACCAUGGACACGAGCAAGCAGGUGGUGACGUCACAGAUCGCCGCCAUGAACGCCGCUACCGCACAAGUCGUGACGCUCACAGCAGGUGGCACCGAGGAGGUAGAUCACACGGCAGUAGGGGCAGCUAUUACAACCAUCACAACCAAUUUGCCGGAAGUGACCAAGGGUGUUCAAAUGAUCGCGGCACUUAUGGAUGACACUGAUAAUGGCGACCGUCUCUUGGACGCCACUAGAAAGCUUUGCAGUGCCUUCACCGACCUGCUCAAAGCGGCUGAACCCGAAACCAAAGAGCCAAGGCAGAACCUUCUUAACGCGGCGUCGCGCGUCGGCGAAGCGUCCACCAGCGUCCUGCACACCAUCGGCGAAGAGACCGAGGAGGACAAGGAGACCCAGGACAAACAGGAGUACGGGGCCGACUUCGAGGUGGACCUCACCGACGAUAACGUCGAGGUCAAAAAGUACGACGACGACAACCUGUACGAGGACGUCGACCCUAACAGCUCCUGGAACAAGAUGUUAGACGUCAUACAGGAGGAGUCCGAGAGCGACUACUAUAGGAGCCUCGACUAUUGUAACACAUUCUUCAAGGGCCCCGCUAAGCGAGACAAUAAUUUAAACGCCGAUAAAAAUGGCGACUACGAGUCGAUUUUGAAAAAUUGUCAGGGCUACCUGGAGGCGGCAGAUAAGAAGGAUAGUUUAGACGGCAAAGACGAUGGCAUUCCGAAUGUCUGUCCCAAAACGAUCUCGGACAAAAUUUACAACUUCAAAAAAGAUUUCUCCCAUCACGAUUAUGUGAACGUAGAUUUUAACAAACCCAAUCACGAUUACGCCAACGUAAACUUCGAUCGACGCACCAAGAACGACCUCCUCCGCGAACAAUUUUUUCUCGCUAACAAAAAUGACGUGAACGACAAAUAUAACAGUCUAAAUGAUAAAAACGAACUCAACAGUAGGUUCAACAAGUUCUGCGACAAAAAAAUCGAGUGCCAGAGCAUCCGCAAUGACGUCACCAAAUCUAACGACGACGUCAAAGUUUCGGGGUCGAUUAAUAUGAAGCUCCUCAACUUGGACAAAUACAAUCGCGUCCUAACGACCACCGAGACGUUCGUAGAGAAAGCCGAAGCGAGCUUCACUAAGAACGUACUCAACAUAAAGAGGAACAAAAAUGACGAUUUCGAAACGUUCAUUAAAAAGAGUGAGAAGUAUUACACAACCGAAAAUAGGGAUAGGCAGACGACCGUACUCAAUAAUGAUUCUAGUAAUGUGCCAAAAGGAAAGACUGAAAUUCGUAUAGUUUAUAAUCCGACAUUUUUGACAACUGGCGACCACUGCGCAAAGGGUUUUUGUCAGUACUGCCGCAAGCGGUGUCGGCGCACCGACUUGAAAUGUUGUCCCAAAUGUGACAUACUACUGUCGUUGGCGAAGGCAGUAGCCAACACGACCGCAGCUCUAGUACUAAAGGCGAAGAAUGUAGCUGCACAGUGCAAGGAUGAGCAGCCGCUACAGAACAGCAUCAUUGCAGCGGCCACACACUGCGCGCUCGCCACCAGCCAGCUUGUUGCCUGUGCUAAGGUGGUGGCCCCAACCCUGCACAACCCCGCGUGCCGCGAGCAGCUGAUCAGCGCGGCGCGGCAGGUGGCGCAGGCGGUGGAGCGGCUAGGCGCGGCGUGUCAGCCCGCGCCGCCGCACGCCGCGCCCGGCCUCCAGCAGCUGGCAGCCGCCGCGCAGCGCGUCACUGAGGAGCUCGAGCGGCUGCUAGCGCAUGCGCAGCGAGAACGACGCACGGCCGUGUCUACAACGGAAGAGACGGUUGAGACAGUCGUGCUGGCUAGCGAGCGCGUUACCGCAGCGCCCGACGCGCCCGAAAUGGUGCGACGUGCCAGACUACUUGGACAGGCCACAGCUAGACUCAUCGCUGAUAUAAAGACUGAAGCAGAGAAGCAGCCAUCGGAGGGACAACGCAAACUUCUAGCGGCCGCCAAACUACUCGCUGAUGCUACCGCGCGAAUGGUGGAAGCCGCCCGUUUGUGCGCGUCUAGUCCACAGGACCGCAAUAAACAAGAAGAACUGAGGAGGGCAGCGGAAGAGCUUCGAUUCAUCACAGUCGACUACGCGCAAGGACAAGACAUUGUUGACGCCCAAGUGGCGCGUCUACAGGCGAGCGCACAACAAGCCGUCUCCAGCGCAACACAACUUGUCACCGCAGCUCAUAACGCCACACAGCACAACACCAAUAAAUACUCGCAGGAGAGUCUGCUCUCUGAAUGUUCUGUGCUGAGCGAGCAGCGCGCCCGGCUCGCUGACGCCGUACGCACCGCAGCCGCGUCGCCCGCCCGCCCCGCCGCGCGUCUCGACCUCAUCACUGCCGCCGAUAACUUCCUUCAGCCAAGCGGGCACGUGGUCCAGGCCGCUCGCAGCGUCCUUCCCACCGUCAGCGACGCACCCGCAGCUAAACAUCUAGCUGAUACAGCGCACGAGUUCACGAGCAGUUGCGCUGAAUUAAGGUCUGCUGUAGGCCGUGCGAGAAUAUCCUGCAAAGGCCUGGAGCUCGAUGCCGCCGCGGAAAUAAUCCGAAGCCUGCAGGCUGAAUUGGACGAAAUGGAGGAAGCCGCAAGAGCAUUGGAACUACGUCCUCUUCCAGGACAAACGGUGGAAUGGGCGAGUGCCCGUGCUCAAGCGGCCGGUCGCGCAGCUGCGUCGGCGACGGCGCGACUCGCGGGCGGUGUGCGACGCGCCGAGCCCGCCAGUGCCGGCCGUGCCGCCGCAGAACUGGCGCAUGCGUUGCGCGAUAUGACCCCGCCCCUGAGAGCCGCGGCUGCGCUACGAGACCAACCGCACCAAUCCACGGUGAUCCAAUCGGGACGACAAAUGUUACAUUCCUCGUUGACGCUGGUCGAGACCGUGAAGAGGUAUAUCAGUAACUCCGAAACAGUAAAUGAAAGUGAAAUUAUGUCUAUGGCAAGGGAAGUCACUCAGAGCAUCGACCAAGCCAUGGAAUCAGUACCAUCUCAUGCUGAGCUAGACGCCGCAAUGGAAGACAUCAAUCAGACCCUUGACAUUCUCAACAUGGGAGAGUUCCCAGUCUCUGAUAAGAGCUAUGGGGAGCUGCAAGCGGAAUUGGGCCAAGCGGCUGCUGGCCUAAGCGCAGCGUCAUCGGAUCUAGUAGGGGCAGUCGAGAAGGGAGACCUGCCUGCCAGUGGCGCCGCAUUUGGUUCCUCCUUUAACCGUCUUAUGGGCGUGUCUGUCGAGUUGGCCGGGCAGACAGAGGACCGCGAAACACGCACGCUGAUGGUUACGUCGAUGAAGACAGUAACGAUUAAUUCGUCCAAGCUGUUGAGCACCGCUAAAUCUGUGAGCCAGGACUUAACGAGACCAAACGCCAAGAACCAACUGACGGCAGCCGCUCGUGCUGUGACGGAGAGCAUCAAUCAACUCGUGGACGUAUGUACGGAGGCGGCGCCGGGACAGAAGGAGUGUGCGGCAGCCAUCCGCAGUAUCCGCAGUGCGGGCGCCGUGCUCGCCGCCCCCUCGCAGCCGCUCAACGACCUCGGCUACUUCGCUUGUCUAGACGCUGUGGUCGAUCAUAGCAAGGAUCUCAGUGAGGGCAUGUCAGGCAUGGCGAGCGCAGUAAAGAAGUCUGAAACGGAACGUUUCUGCCGUAGCGUGAGCGGUGUCGCCUCCGCGGUACAGGGUCUCGUCGAAUGCACGGCUCAAGCUGCUUACUUGGUGGCUGUAUCAGACGAAACAAGCGUCGCAGGGCGUCCGGGCUUAGUUGACCAGGCUCAGUUCGCUCGAGCUGCCCUGGCUAUAGAACAGGCCUGUGCUGUUUUCUGUGAUGGCAAUGCUGAUCUACAACAGGUGUUAGGAGCAGCGACGGUUCUAGCUAAACACACAAGUGCACUGUGCAACGCUUGUCGUGUCGCAUCCGGUCGCUCCGUCGAGCCGCAGAGCAAACGACACUUUGUCGAGGCUGCUAAGGACGUCGCCAACUGUACCGCUGCACUCGUCAAAGAGAUCAAAGCGUUGGACGCUAAUUACUGUGAGGAGAACAAGAAGCGAUGCGCUGCAGCGACCGGACCCCUAGCGGAGGCGGUACGCUCGCUCGUCCAAUUUGCGGACGGGCCGGAAUUUGCGGCCGUGCCCGCACGCAUUUCGCCGUCAGCCAGACGCGCCCAAGAAGCCGUGCUUACUUGUGGACGGGAUAUAAUUUCGGGAUCGUGCUCGAUGCUCGAAGCCGCUAGGGCCCUAGCGUUGACACCGACGGAAAGACCGCAGUGGCAAGCGUUGGCCGCUCACAGCAAGGGACUUUCGGAUAGCAUCAAGUCGCUCGUUACUAAUAUUCGCGAGAAGGCACCAGGCCAGCGAGAAUGUACCACCGCGCUUGAAACUCUGGCCCGACAGCUGCGCGACUUAGACCAAACGGCGUUGCUGGCCGUAGGGCAGGAGUUGGCGCCGCGACGUGCGAACACAUUGCAAGGGUACUCGGAACAAAUCGAGAACAGCGCCGCUGAAAUACUGGAACGGUUGGAGCCGCUGCGCGUGGCGGCCUGCGGGGAGGCGGAAAAUUUGGGACACGCCGUCACACAACUGGUGUCGUACGCGGAGCCGCUAGUUCAGGGCGCGACGGGCGCGGCGUCGCAGACCACGGAGUCAGUGGUGCAGACGGCGAUGCUGCAGCGCACGCGCACCGUGCUAGAGACGCUGUCGCUGCUGCUGCAGGCGGCGCAGCGCGCGGCCGGCAACCCCAGGGCGACCGGCGCUCACGGCGAAGUGGACGCUCAGGCGACGCUGGCCCGCUCCGCGCUGUCGGAGCUGAGCUCCACCGUGCGCGAGCUGAGCAGCCAGCACGGAGCUGUCGGGCCGCUGCUCGAUGCCGUUGCCAGAGCGUUGGCUCGACUCACUGAGCACAGGAUGUCACUGAUCAGCAACUACGAUGAGACGGAUUCGUUUGUGGACUACCAGACAAGAAUGGUGGGCGCUGCGAAAGAUAUUGCGCGCCUUGCAACUGAUAUGACGGCGAAGGCAGCAACAGAACCGUCGAAGCUCGUGGAGGUCGGUAAUGAGAUGUGCGCCAAGUACGAGCAGCUCGCCACAGACAGCCUCGGCGCCUCCGCCACUACACCCAACGCGGACAUAGCUAAUAGGAUCCGCGUAGCAGCAGUAGAACUCGGCGAGGCGGUGUCGGAGCUCGUGCGGGCGGGCGGUCACUGCCGCGUGUCCGCCAUAGCGCAGAACCAGCGCGCAGUGGCGGACGCAGCGCGGCGCGUCAACGAGAAGGCGGUGGGCGUGCUCGGCGCGCUGCAGGCGGGCUCCCGCGGCACGCAGGCCUGCAUCGACGCCGCUGCUACCAUAGCUACCAUCAUUGGAGAUCUGGAUACCACCAUACUGUUCGCUAGUGCAGGUACUCUUCAAUCUGACAAAGAGGACGAUACGUUCUCAAAUCACCGCGAAAAUAUCUUGAAGACGGCGAAGACCUUGGUAGAGGACACGAAGACGUUAGUGGGCGGGGCCGCCGGCACUCAGGAGCAGCUGGCCAGCGCCGCGCAGAGCGCUGUCGCUACUGUCGUGCAACUGUGCGAGGUGGUGAAGCAAGGUGCGGUGUCGCUCGGCUGUGGCGGCGGCGGCAGCGCUGAGCCCCAAGUACUCGUCCUGCACGCUGCCCGCGACGCAGCCGCCGCACUCCGUGACUUGACCGCCGCAACCGCCGCCGCCAGCGGCAAACAUCACCACCAUCCUGACAUGGAGAGACUCAAACACGCUGCCAGGCGGCUGUCCGAACCGAAGCGGUGGAGUCUACCCGUCAAAACUAACACGGUCCCCCGAAGCAAACGGCGGUCCAUCAAUCCGCGUGAUUACAACUCGUGCGAUUCCGAGACCGAUAUCAACCAGUCCGACCAGGAGGAGGAGCUGCUGAAGCUCCUGGAUUACUCCAGCCAAGACGAUGAUAUUUCACCGACUAUAUUUUACGAUAGUUGCGAAGAAAUGAUCACAUACAUAGAGAGCCGUAUGCUAAAUUCACCGAAGAGAGAAAUAAACGAGGACGUUAACGUCAGAUACAAUCUCGCUGCUAGAAAUAGUCUGUUCGAUAUGGAUUGGCGCGUGGUUAAAUAUGGGGAGAGUAUAUUUUUGGGCGAACUGAGGAAAAUGAUAGACCUAUACUUGGAUUGUGCAGAUAGAGCCGUCCGGAGAAGGAAAAGGAAGGAGGAGGAAAUGAAUACUGCUAAUACGGAGCUAGAUAGAGAGAUGAAGAGAUUGUCCCAAAUAGUAGAAGAUUUAGAUUACGAGGAAGUCAUUAGCAAAAGAAUUAAAACCACUAUUAGUACGAUUACAACGACACAAAAGACACACGAGCCUAAAUCUGAACCGACGAAGCUUACGAGCCCCGUGUUUAAGGUCAGAAAAGUAAAACCUAUCAAAUUAGAACUGAAAAGUCCAGAAGUAAUUGAACCUACUAAAGAGCCUGAGAGGGAACCUAAUAGAAUGGCAAAUGACACUGUAGCUAUCAAAGCAAAUGAAAAUAAAACUAAAGAAUUUUGGGAUAUGUUUAAAGAUGAUACGGAGUCUUGGAGGGCGCUGGCAAAAAGAAACUUAGAAAAGAUGGAGGAGACUAGAAAGGAGUUGGCUCGGUUUAGCGGCCACGAACUAGUGUUGGGGGAUAUUAAAUUUGAAAUGGAUAAGUAUGAAAAAGAGAAGAAAACAUUGGAAAGUUUCAUUCACGAUGUAGACAUGUCGAAGAUAAGUAACAUAGAUUUGGAAUACGAUAAAAAGUAUGAGGAUAUGGUCCUUAAGCUAAUAGAGUUCGCCAAAAAAGAUUUUAUAUUUAAAGGUUUCGAUCCUUUGAUAGAACAAUUAAAACUUCUAUCCAAUGUUCAAAUUGAUCGUAGAAAGAGAAACAUAAAUAUACACGAAGUUUUAGAUAUUUAUAAUAGAAUCGAUGUGUCCAAAUAUACGUAUCAAGAGUUAUGUCUUCUAGAAAAGUAUUAUACCGAAAUAAUAAAACGAUAUCAAACAGAGCAAAACGGUAAAGAAAAUAUAGUUCCUAAUGAUCAAGACGGUAGACAGUCUGCGCCUCCGACUUAUCACAGAAAUGUUAUUCUAAACGUGAACUCCCAGCAGAAUAUCACUAAGAACAUUAACCACUAUAGCAAUAGAACGAUAUGUCAUUCUAAUAGCUUAGAAAGAAUUAGAGACAAGCACCAGAAAUCUAGAAACAGCCUAGAAAUUUACGACUUGACGCGCACAUAUCCAAUGCAAUACUAUGCGAACAAUUGGUGGACAAUUUAUGAGGAUAUUCUCAAAAAUCGCGAGCAGCAAUUCGGCACUAUCGAUAGUUGGUGGAAUUUCUACGAGUCAGUUCUCAGUAACAAGGAUACUAGCAGCGAGGAUAUAAAGAGAAUAAAAGCCAUCGUGGAAAAGAGAACGCGCAGAUCUCGACCCAACAGCAGAAUGGAAGAGCAAUUAAAAAUGCUGGACGAGGUCAACAACUCGCGAUUCCACGAGACCGAGGACGUGAAGAAGAGCAGCGACGAAUCGGUGAUGGUGACUAACGUGACGUCACUGCUGAAGACUGUCAAGGCCGUGGAGGACGAACACACCAGGGGGACGAGAGCGCUCGAGUCCACCAUCGAAGCGAUCUCACAAGAAAUCGAGAUCCUGAUGUCCCCGGCGGCGCCGAAGUGCACUUCCUCACCCGAGGAGCUGGUGCGGUGCACGCGGCUGAUGACGGCCGCGACGGCGCGCGCGGUGGCGGCGGGCGGCGCGAGCGGCGCGGGCGGACAGGACCAGCUGACCGCUGCAGCCAACCUCGGCCGCAAGACUGUCGUCGAUAUGUUGACUGCUGCUAAGGGCGCCGCGCACGCAGCGGAGAGCGACGAGAUCCGUCAACGGACUUUAGAAGCGACGCGCGCGGCGGCGGAGGCGUUCCGCGCGCUGCUAGCCUCAUUGCUGCCGCCCGCCAACCGCGCCGCGCUGCCAGACCGCUCGCGAGCCGUCGCGCUCGCUGUCGCCGACAUACUCGCUGCUGCUGAGCUGCUCAAAGGCACGGAAUGGGUGGACCCCGCGGACCCGACCGUCAUUGCGGAACAAGAGCUGUUGGGCGCCGCUGCCUCCAUCGACGCUGCCGCGCGCAAACUCGACUCGCUGCGCCCGCGCAACUUGCGAUCACAGGAAACCGACGAGACGCUCAACUUCGACGAGAUGAUAUUGGAGGCGGCCAAGUCCAUCAUCGCUGCUACUUCCGCGCUCGUUCGUGCUGCUUCAGCCGCGCAGAGAGAACUUAUUGAUCAGGGUAAAGUGGCUCGUCGUCCUGCAACGUCGUCGGACGACGGUCAGUGGUCGGAGGGUCUAGUGUCGGCAGCACGGCUUGUGGCGGCGGCGGCGCACGCGUUAGUAGAGGCCGCCAACGCGCUCGUGCAGGGCGCCGCCUCCGAGGAGCGCCUCAUCUCCAGCGCGAGACAGGUCGCCUCCUCUACCGCGCAGCUGCUGGUUGCCUGCAAGGUGAAGGCGGACCCAUCGUCGGAGUCGACGCGACGCCUACAAGCGGCGGGCGCGGAGGUUAUCCGCUCGACCGACAACCUGGUGCGCGCGGCCCGCGACGCCAUACACUGCGACGACGAGCGCUCGCUCGUGCUCAACCGACGUAUGGUCGGCGGCAUCGCGCAGGAGAUUGAUGCUAGAUCGGAGGUGCUCCGUAUCGAGAAAGAGCUGGAGGAGGCGCGCGGGCGGCUGACGGCGAUCCGCCAGGCCAAGUACAAGCUGCGCGACACGUCGGGCGAAGACACCGACACUGACCACGACCACUCGCUGCCGCACAGGUUCAAAUCUCCGACGAGCAGCUUCGCGAACACCACGUACAGCCCGAACAGCACGUACGCGACGCACAACACCACCCACAACACCACACUCAACACCACGCACAACACCACACGCGACGCCCCGCACAACAUCAGCCAACACGUGUCCAACCUCAGCCACCACGUGUCCAACCUGAACCACUCCAUCCACGGCUCGCCCGGACAGAACGGGUACGACAAGCAGCCGCAGAGCCCCUCGUUCUCGAGUUUCCGACCUCAAGACGAAACUCCCAAGCAGAACUAUGAGGGGUUCACGACUCGGGCGGAGUCGGUCGUCGUCAAGUCGGGGUCGCUGCCUGUCGCGCGGCCCGCCCGGCCCUCCCCGCCCGCGCGGCCCGCGGACCCCGAGCGCAUAUUCUACCGGCGCGAGAGGCCGCCCCCGCCGCCGCCGCGCCGCCUCUCCCACCUAAACUACGAGACUCGACUCUACGACACCCCGCGCCCGGUCAACGAAUACUAUUCCAAAACUGACGACCGGCGAAACUACGAGUCCAGCCAGUACUACACCGAGGAGCAGAAGUUCGGGUACGACUCGGUCGCGCCGCUCAGCCCCAAGUUCAACGCCCGGGAUCUAAAGUUCGACGUAAAAUCCGAGCCGAUAUACUCCUCGCUGAGGAAGCCCUCCAACUUCGACGGCGUGGGGCAGACGUUCGCCGAGCACCAGAAGUCCACGGAGGCGAUUCCCGGGGGCACGAAGCACUCGGAGUACUCGGUCCGGAGCGAGUCCUACCGGAGCUACCCGAAGACCGAGGUCAUCACGACCGAGUCGAGGCGGGAGGUCAAGUCGCCGUUCGCGACUUCGACGCCCUCCAAGUUCGAGCGGACGGAGUACUCCGACUUCAAAAACGUGAACACGGUGAAGGUGCCGACGCCCGAGUUCGAGAGGAUAUCGUCCCCGGCCGGCAGGGAGGUGCGCAGCGCCGCCGGCCCCGACUUCCUCGAGGAGACCACCACCGAGGUGAAGGAGAUCCCGAACGGCACGCAGAAGAUCACCACCACCAAGAUCUACAGCUCGUCGCCCGUCAACAUGACCAGCACCAGCACGCGGUACGAGCCCGUCAAGCUGGAGGGCAUCGACGAGCUCGCCAAGUCGUUCGACGACGACUCGCGCUACGGCACGCUCGACUCGCGCUUCGGCACGCUCGACUCCAAGCUCAGCUCCGACACGAGCCGCUCCUUCAUGCGGCCCUCCGACUUCCAGUCCUCCGACUACCGCGCGACCACGAGCAUCACCAACGUCAAGAAGCCCGCGGAGCUGGCCAAGGAGGUAGACUCGCUGGACAGAAAGUUCUCCAAGCAGACCGUCACGUCGGAGACGAUCGAGCGCAAGUCGGUGAUGACCAGCUCGCACAAGUCCGAGUCCAGCUCCACCGUCACCAAAAAAUUCGGAAACUUAUAAAGGUUUGGCCGCUUGUCGUUCUGCUUGCGUAGUGUUAGUAGAUGUAAAUUAGAUGUCGCAUGUGUGGUUGCGUCUUGUUUUGUUAUUUAAUGUUAUGUACAAAAUUUUAUAUGAUUGACUUUAACCACGCGUAGAGGGAGCACGAGUCAGCGAAGUUGGACCGAGCAUUUUGCAGCUUCGUUUUAUGUUUGACGCUUUAAAUUAUUUUUAAAUAUGAUCUGACGACGAAUGUGAGCGAGUGCCUCGAGAAUUUCGGAAAAUAAUUAUUGGUGAGAGGUGCUAAAAUUUGAAGAUUAUUAAUUUGUUACAUUUCGUCUAGAUUUAUUAGCGAGUGGGUCUCACUCGAAGGAAAGAAAUUUUGACAAAAAUUAUGAUGUAUUUACUUACAAAUUGAUAAAUGUAUUUGUUUGUCUCGACGUUGAAUCUUCUCACAAAGUGCUAGCCCCGCCGGGGUCCUUAUAUACGAGAUGCCUUUAAUAUUAUUAAUUAUUAUGUACUAGAUGUUAUACAUUAAAUGAGCCUAGCUAUUUUAGGAAUUUUAAAAAUCCCGUCAGGUGCUUAAUGAAGCUUGUAUUUAUGAAAUUGACAUAACUUUUAUAAAAAUAAAAAUUACCUCAAUAUGAUACCUAAAGCGAUAUAUUUGAACUCGUUCUUUUAAAAACGUUCCGUUAUCGAUGUUUCCUACAGAUACUAUCGCCCGAACAGCAAAUAAUAUAAUAAUUCAAAUACUUUCAUAAUAAAACGUUUUAAUCAUACCGAGCAUUUUUAGCCCUUAUUCAUAGGAAACAUCGAUUUAUUGACUGGGUCGAGUGUUGAUCCGUCAGCGAGUCAUGCCGAGUGCAACUAAAUAUGACGGUCUUGUCAUUAUAUAAACGAAAUUGUGCCAUAGUUUAUAAUAAUUAUAAAUAUAAAUGUGUAGCUGUGUAGUGUAUCGUGGUGCAUUAUUAUGGUAACUAUUUUAACAUUUACCUGCUAUUAACUAUAAUAAAUUGAAAGUUAUCAUUUUAUAUCGAAUGUUAAAAGUGCAAUCGGUAUAAAAUGUAUGG